AUGGAUGAUAUGGAGGUCGAAGCGGUUGUCAAGGCGCCUUCAGAUGAUGGCGAAGCCAUGGACAUCGAUGAAGGAGCUGAUGAGAACGAUCAGGCGGCUUUAGUGGGGUUGAUUGAGUGCAUUUUGCCUCAAGACGUGCUGGUGACAAUGGUUGAUCCACAUGGGGACACUCCAGAUCGGGCGAUUCAGGCACAAUGGGCUGUGGUUCCACUCAUGAGAAGAAUAUUCCGUGCCAAGAAUGAAACCAAGCUCCAUGUGCUCUUUACUGAGAAGUUUGCGGAAGUACAGGAGACUCAUCGUGAGCUAUGGCCUGGUUUCGGGCCUCCAAAAAUGCUCCAAUCGAAACACCAGAGGGCGACUGCAAAUUCUGACAGUGAAGCUGAACCACAAAUAGUGUACCUCAAGCAAAAGAGUGUACCUACUUCAAUGGCGAUGGCAUGGCUAGCUUGGGGGGCAUCCAAAAGCAGGAGAAUGGCAGAAGACCGCUCAAGAACUUUGAGCUAUCUCAAAGAACUGCUGGACCAUGUGCUACAGAGGGCUGGGAAGCUGGAUUUCCGCGUUGUAAAGAUUGGAAGGCCACAAGAUGGAGAAACUAGUGUGCAGGUGUCUGCAAUGAACCCUUACCUCAAUUCCAGACUGCUGUGGACGAAGAGCCAGGAUUGCCGCAUUGUCCCAACAUGGGAGCUGUGCAGGAUUGAUUCAAAACAUGCUGUGAGUUCAGGGGCUGACAGGCCACAUUGGUUGGACAUUGUCGCAUUCGCUGUAGAUUCAAAGGGCGGUCUCGCUCAACGUCUUCUCAAGCCUUUAGCUUUCACUCUCCUAGCUCAAGCAGCCAGUUGGAUGGACGACAACAUGAGCAGGCUGGCGCUGGAAGCUUCAGAAUUUCAACGGACCGGUCGGAAGAAUCGGUUUCAGAGCAAAGCUGCAAAUUUUCUGGCUAUGGUGCAGGCUGCAAAUUUUCUGUUGCAGGAAAAUGAGACUUUGGCUUACAUUGGCAUCUACAUGGAUGGGAGCAGCAUAGCUGGACGGCCUACAGAGCUGGCCUUUCUCUGGGCGCCAGAGAUUCAACAUGGUGCUUACAACCUACGGCUGAAGCUUAUUCGGGAACUCUAUGGCAGCCAUUACAGGAUGCGUGUUCUCCGUGUGGAUACGGAUGACGUAGGUCACUCUGGCGUUCGGAGGGAGAGGGUCUACAUCAUCCUUUCGAAUAAAACCUGCACUGUGGAAAUCUUCGACCCAAACAAUGUUUACAACCACAUUGCUGGCAAAAUCAGAUCGACCAUCCAAACAAAGCCUCGAGACUAUUUCAUUGCGAGCAAGCAAGAAGUACUUCUGGUCGCGAAUGAUUUGGCUGCGCGAAGGAAUGUUCUUCAGAGCAAACGGCCAGAUCUUUCACGUCUCCUCACACAGAGGGAGAAGCAGGUCAUCAAGACCCUCAACCAGGAAUACCGGCGCAGGUGGAAGCGAAACCCACAGGAAGACCAGGACUUAGUUUACUAUCUUGGGGACAAUGCUAAGAGGAAAUGCUGGAGCGCUGUGAGUGGUCGUAUCCCCACACUGAGGAUGUCUGGAGGCCUGACGUGGUCUGUCCACAGGAAACGUUUUUUGACAGGCAGGGAGAAGCUGGGAACACUAGGAUUCCCCGUCACACCUUCGAUUGCAAAGAAACUUAAGGUUUCAACUCUGCCCGUCCUCGAUGUUGCCAGGGCUAACUCAGUAGCAGGCAACUGUAUGCACUUCACACAGGCUGCCAUCAUCCAGCUAGCGGCCCUGUCGAGCUACAGCCGCUCGAGUGUAAAGUCCUGA